AUGGAUCUGAUAUAUAUUCCUGAAGACCUAUCCAGUUGUCCAAAAUUUGGAAAUAAAUCCUGUCCUCCCACCAACCGCCCUUUUCAUGUUCGAGUGAUCAUGUACUCGGUUAUGAUUACAGCCAUGGUUAUCACGAUCUUUGGAAUCUUGGUUAUAAUGAUUUCCAUAUCUCACUUCAAACAGCUUCACUCUCCCACAAACUUUCUGAUCCUCUCCAUGGCAACCACAGAUUUUCUGCUGGGGUUUGUCAUUAUGCCAUACAGUAUGGUACGCUCAGUAGAGAGUUGUUGGUAUUUUGGGGAUGCCUUUUGUAAAUUCCAUGCAAGCUUUGACAUGAUGCUGAGUCUGACCUCCAUCUUCCAUCUCUGUUCCAUUGCGAUUGACCGGUUUUAUGCCGUAUGUUACCCUUUGCAUUACACGACCACCAUGACUGUCUCCAUGAUAAAGCGACUGCUGGCAUUUUGCUGGUCAGCCCCUGCUUUCUUCUCCUUCAGUUUGGUUCUUUCAGAGGCCAAUGUUUCUGGUAUGCAGAGUUAUGAGAUUCUCGUUGCUUGCUUCAAAUUCUGUGCACUUACUUUCAACAAAUUUUGGGGGACAAUAUUGUUCACUACAUGCUUCUUUACCCCUGGUUCUAUCAUGGUUGGGAUUUAUAGCAAAAUCUUUAUUGUUUCCAAACGACAUGCUCGUGUCAUCAGUAAUAUGCCUGAAAACACAAAGGGGGAAGUGAAGAAACAUCUGUCUAAGAAAAAGGACCGGAAAGCAGCUAAGACCCUGGGUAUUGUAAUGGGAGUAUUUCUAGCCUGCUGGUUGCCCUGUUUUAUUGCUGUUUUGGUCGAUCCAUAUUUGGGUUACUCUACACCUAUGAUAGUACUUGAUUUCCUAGUAUGGCUUGGAUACUUCAACUCCACUUUCAACCCCCUCAUUCAUGGUUUUUUUUAUCCCUGGUUUCGGAAAGCUCUUAAGUACAUAGUAUCAGGAAAAAUAUUUAGCUCUCAUUCAGAAAGUGCAAAUCUAUUUCCUGAAGCACAUUAA